UGCAGGAGAGAGCGCUGAGGUUCUACUAAGCAUGCGCGACCGCACGGACAGCCGCUGCCGAGGUGGAAGAACCGGACAUGAGAAGUCUCGAAAAGUGGAGAAAGGAUGGGCUGGAUUUGCACCUUUCGUGUCUGGCCGGCCUACUCCGGUCGCCUACGGUGGCCAUCUCGCUCUCCGUACAGCGCACGACGCAAGAUGGCGGGCACGAUCCACAAUGGCCGCUCCCACCAAUACGCAGCAAAAUCGUCGCGGCGGAGUUAGCCAGCGGUAAUUCUAGCCGGGGCCGGAGUGAGGGUUUGUGGCUUGAUCGCUCACUCCAAAGUGCUACUCAAUCUGAGUAAUGGCUCUGGACACGGGCCAGCACACCAGGUGAACGGAAGCGGAAGUGGCGUAUUGAGGAUUGGGUUCCCACGGCGUAAGGUCACAGAUUCGCGGUCGAGGUCCUGUGAGGUUUCUGCAGGCUCCUUUCAGAGUCCCUCGUUGUGGGAAUUCCUCGACCUGAGCUGCGGUUUGCGGUGGGUGCUCGUAGGAAGGUGCUUGUUUAAGGCGGUUUGGAGGCUGUCGGAGUCUUCGGCUGGCAUCAGUGUUUAGGACGAGAGACCAUUCCUGCUGACAGUGACAGUAGGUUCCCCGCCCUAGGUAGGGCUUGAACUCACAACCCGGGACCCUGAGAUCAAGCGUGGCAUGCUCUACUGACUGAGUCAGCCAGGCGCCACCUAGACGACAUAAAUAUUAAGUCCAUAACAGAUGCUGCCUUCCCAGCAUGAGGCACUUCCUAUAAAGGAAAAAAAGGAGAUCUCGAGUCUAGAAAUUCAUCCUUACUGAGGAUACUCUUGACACCGGAGACACCUGAAUGCUGAAAAUGACCAAGUCCCAGGGCUUAUUGUCAUUCAGUGAUGUGGCUGUGGAUUUCACCUGCGAAGAAUGGGAGCUACUGGAUCCUGUUCAGAAGAACCUCUACCGGGACGUGAUGUUGGAAAAUUACAGCAACCUAAUGUCAUUGGGUUAUCACGCUCCCUGGCCAGAAGCAACGGUUCCUGUGGAGAAAGGAGUGCAAGGACUGGUAGAGAGAGAAUUCCCAAGUUCGUGUAGUCCAGAAAGACCCCUUCAGUGUUUCUCAAGAGGAAUACGUUUGAAACGAUAUUCAGAUUCAAAACUUCAGAAUAAAAAUUCUGCAGAAAUGAAUUCCAGUGAAUUAAGUGGCCAUGGGAAAUCAUUUUUCCAUACUCCACAUGAAACCUGCCAUACUUCAGCCCAGUACAGUGAACAUAAUUUCUGUGUGAAGACUUUCAGCACGGUGAAAAAUGUCAAAAGACAUCACAGAAUUCACACAGAAGGAAAACCUUAUGAAUGCAGUGAAUGUCCCAGAUCCUUCAGGUAUAAGUCAAAGCUCAUAAUACACCAGAGAACUCAUACAGGAGAGAAGCCGUACAGAUGCCCUGAAUGUCAGAAAGCUUUCAGUACAAAAUGUCAUCUUACUCUGCACCAGAGAACUCAUACAGGAGAGAAACCGUAUGGAUGUUUUGAGUGUCCAAAGUCUUUCAGAACAAAGUAUCAUCUCAUUUUACACCACAGGACUCACACAGGAGAGAAACCCUAUGAAUGCAAAGAGUGUGGCAAAGCCUACAGAGAGAAGACAAAGCUCAGGUUGCAUUACCGCACACACACAGGAGAGAAACCUUUUGAGUGUAGUGACUGUGGGAAAGGUUUCAUGCAGAAGUCAAACCUACUUAUCCAUCAAAGAACUCAUACAGGAGACAGACCCUAUGCAUGUAAAGAAUGUGAAAAGACCUUCUGCAGUAAGUCUCAGCUUGUUGUUCACCAGCGAACUCACACACGAGAAAAAUCGUACGAAUGCAAGGAAUGUGGGAAAGCCUUCAGUAAAAACUCACAUCUCCUGACGCAUCAGAGAAUUCAUAUAGGAGAGAAGCCUUAUGAAUGCAAUGAGUGUGGAAAAGCUUUCGUACACACAUCACAGCUCAUUGUACAUCAGAGAAAUCAUACGGGAAGAAAACCUUAUGAGUGUAAGGAAUGUGGGAAAGCCUUCAAUAAAAAGUCACACUUCGUAACACAUCAGAGAAUCCAUACGGGAGAGAAGCCUUAUGAAUGCAGUGAAUGUGGAAAAGCAUUUAUAGACAACUCCCAGCUUAUCGUUCAUCGAAGAACUCACACAGGAGAGAAACCUUAUGAGUGCAAGGAAUGUGGGAAAGCCUUUAAUAAAAAGUCAUCCCUCAUAACACAUCAGAGAAUUCAUACAGGAGAGAAGCCUUAUGAAUGCAGUGAGUGUGGAAAAGCCUUCAUAGACAAGUCACAUCUCAUUGUCCAUCAGCGAACUCAUACAGGAGAGAAACCCUAUGAAUGCGGUGAGUGUGGAAAAGCUUUCAUGCGAAAGGCAAUGCUCAUUGUCCAUCACAGAACGCAUACAGGAGAGAAACCCUUUGUAUGUCUCGAAUGCCAGAAAGCCUUUAGCAGUAUGGCAAUGCUCAGUAGACAUCAGUUGAUUCACACAGGAGAGAAACCCCAUGGAUGCAAUGAAUGUGGAAAAGCUUUCCGCCAAAAAAGCCAUCUUAUUAUCCAUCAACGGUGUCAUACUGGAGAGAAACCCUAUGGGUGUGUUCCAUGUGGUCAGAUCUUCAACCAGAAGUCACAGCUCAUCAGACAUCAGAGACGCCACACAGGAGAGAAACCAUAUCAGUGCACUCAAUGUGGGAAAGCCUUUUUUGAGAAAUCAUACCUCAGUGUUCAUCAGAGAAGUCACGUGGGACAGAAACCUUAUCACUGUAAUGAGUGUGGGAAAACAUUCUCUGUCAAGUUCUUUCUCACUUCACAUGAGGAAAUUCACACAGGAAAGAAAUCUCGGGAACACAGCGCUGGAAAGACUUUAGUGAAGGGCCAGAUCUCACGGCAUACAAAAGAAUCCACACAAAGGACACCCUCUGAAUGCAGGGAACGUUAGGAUAAUUUUGGUCUUUGUCAGUUCCAGAAAACUUAUCCAGGAGGGACCUUUUAAAUGCAGUGAAUAUAGGAAAACCAUCUACCACCAGUGUAGCCUAAUUUCCUUAGGGAAAGGCCUACAAAUGAGGUGAAAAGUCAACAUCUGUUCUCGAGAAGAGAAAUCCCAUUAUACGUCACACAGAAAUAAAACUUGGCCGCAACAGAUGUGUUUGAGGGGUCAUCAUAUAAUAGUUUUCACUGAGGGGGAAGAAAAAAACUCGUAAAUGUUGGGAAUCCUGGAACACCUUCCAAACAAAUGAGCUUUCACACCAAAGAAGAUAGCUGACUGAAGACUUGUGAUAAGAGAUGCCUCUGGCAUGAAGUCCAAAACUUACUGUGCAUCAGAUAAUACUUAUUAAGGAGAGUUAGUGUCAUGUAAUGACACUGGGCCAGUUGCUUACAUAUAAACUUUAUAAUAGAAAUUCUGUUCCUGUCACAUUACCAUUUAUUUAUAAAAAAUACAACAUGAAGUAGUCAAGAAGAGCAAAUAACUGCAGUAUGCUAAAAGACAGUUUUGUUUCAUGUUUGAAUAUAUGGAAUAGUCAAAGCAGUAAUUUAAGAAAGGUCCAAGAUGUAUGUGAUUUUGUGUCCAGAGGAUUUUUGUAGCACAUGUAUGUCCUGAGUUUCAGGUUUCAUAAGAUCAUGAAAGAAAAUCGUAUACCAUAAAAUUCUUGUUUGUAGGUGUAGAAUCCAUCAAGAAAUGCCAGCAUUGUAAAUUUUUGUAUAUCUUAUAAAUUGCAAGGGAAGUAAUUAGGCUUAAAACUAAACAAGACUUAAAAAAAAAAAAAACUUGGCUGGUAUGUGUAAACGGAUCUGGUAAUACUUUUUAGCCAUUUGGGAUAAUAUUCUUUUUUAACACAAAUUGUCUUCUGCCACUCUGAUUUAAUUGAUUUAAAUAUAUCAAUACGUGUGGUGUAAAAGUUAAAUAAGUCUAUAGAAUAAACAAGGUCCCUUUUCACCAUUUCCC